AGGCGACGGACCCACAUUGAGUGACACUGUCCAAGCCAGAGAGAAGACAGCACACUCCUCCGGCUGGGAGCUAGGAGCAGCAGCAGAAGCGCAGAGCGAGGCAGUCUGCGCCAAUGGGGGUCCGCUCGGCGGCCACGAAGCUUCACAUCCCACCCUCCCACUCAUCCGCCGCCCGCCGCUCCCUCUUCCUCCCCCUCGCCGCCGUCGCGCUCCUCUGCUCCGCCUCCUACCUCCUAGGCGCCUGGCACCACGGCGGCUUCUCCUCUUCCCCUUCCCCCUCCGGCGCCGUCUCCAUCGCCACCGCCAUCUCCUGCACCACCACAACACUCACCCCCUCCACCCUCGACUUCUCCGCACACCACGCGUCCGCCUCGACCACCACCACCUCAUCCUCCGCGCCCUCGACGCCGCAGCGGCGGAGGCAGUACCCGGCGUGCCCGGCCAAGUACUCCGAGUACACCCCGUGCGAGGACGUCAAGCGGUCGCUGCGGUACCCGCGGGACCGGCUCGUGUACCGGGAGCGGCACUGCCCGUCCCCCGCGGGGCGUGACCGGCUGCGGUGCCUCGUGCCGGCGCCCCACGGUUACCGCAACCCGUUCCCGUGGCCCGCCAGCCGCGACGUCGCGUGGUUCGCCAACGUGCCGCACAAGGAGCUCACCGUCGAGAAGGCCGUGCAGAACUGGAUCCGCGUCGACGGGGACAAGCUCCGCUUCCCCGGCGGCGGGACCAUGUUCCCGCACGGCGCCGACGCAUACAUCGACGACAUCGCCAAGCUCGUCCCGCUCCGCGACGGCUCCGUCCGCACCGCGCUCGACACCGGCUGCGGGGUGGCGAGCUGGGGCGCGUACCUGCUGUCCCGCGAUAUUCUGGCCAUGUCCUUCGCGCCGCGGGACUCCCACGAGGCGCAGGUGCAGUUCGCGCUGGAGCGCGGCGUGCCCGCCAUGAUCGGCGUCCUCGCGUCCAACCGCCUGACCUACCCGGCGCGCGCGUUCGACAUGGCGCACUGCUCCCGCUGCCUCAUCCCCUGGCACCUCUAUGAUGGGUUGUACCUGAUCGAGGUUGACCGCGUCCUGCGCCCCGGCGGGUACUGGGUACUGUCCGGCCCACCCAUCAACUGGAGGAAGUACUGGAAAGGGUGGGAGAGAAGCAAGGAGGAUCUGAACGCCGAACAGGAAGCCAUCGAGGCUGUUGCUCGGAGCCUUUGCUGGAAGAAGAUCAAGGAGGCCGGAGACAUCGCCGUCUGGCAGAAACCCAUGAACCACGUCAGCUGCAAGACCUCCCGCCGGAAGACUGCCAAGUCCCCUCCUUUCUGCUCCAACAAAAAUCCCGACGCGGCAUGGUAUGACAAGAUGGAGGCCUGCGUAACGCCGCUCCCGGAAGUGUCCAACGCGGACGAGGUUGCCGGUGGCGCAGUGAAGAAAUGGCCACAGAGGCUUACCGCCGUGCCGCCAAGGAUCUCCAGGGGCAGCAUCAAGGGCGUGACGGCCAAGGCGUUCCAGCAGGACACCGAGCUGUGGAAGAGGAGGGUCCGCCAUUACAAGGCGGUGAUCAACCAGUUCGAGCAGAAAGGACGGUACCGGAACGUGCUCGACAUGAACGCCGGCCUCGGUGGUUUCGCGGCGGCGCUGGCGAAUUACCCGCUGUGGGUCAUGAACAUGGUCCCGACGGUUAGGAAUUCCAGCACACUGGGUGUGAUCUACGAGCGUGGGCUCAUCGGAAGCUACCAGGACUGGUGUGAGGGCGCAUCCACCUACCCACGGACCUACGAUCUCGUCCACGCGGAUUCAGUGUUCACGCUGUACAAGAGCAGGUGCGAGAUGGACAGCAUACUCUUGGAGAUGGACAGGAUCCUGAGGCCUGAGGGCACGGUGAUCAUCAGAGACGACGUGGACAUGCUGGUGAAGGUCAAGAGUGUCGCUGACGGGAUGAGAUGGGACAGCCAGAUCGUCGACCACGAAGACGGCCCGCUCGUCCGGGAGAAGCUCCUCCUCGUUGUCAAGACAUACUGGACUGCCCCGGACCAAGACCAAUAGCAGUAGUAUAGUACAGUAUUUCUAUAUGCUGAUAAGCACAUUGCUCAGAAGAUCUCAUGAGUUGGAUUGGAUCACCAUUUCUAGCUCCAUGUACUACUUCUUUUUAGCCGAUUUGUUUUUAUAUAGGAAAUUGGUGUCUGGUAAGCUGUUAAACAGGGCAUAAUUUGUCUCCGGUGCAAAGAUUGUCACCUGAUCGCUAAAUUGUGUCAAGUGGUAAAUAGAAUUGAUGUUUGUAAGUUGAUUUGGAUAGUGCAUAGUACUAUGCGGGGUGUAAUCCUCAUGUUACCGUUGUGUUCAGUAAAAGUUAAAUGUUGAACACCA